AAUAACCUUACCUACCUACCUGUGUCUUAUAUUACCUCCUCCUCAGAAGUCCGAGGGAUGCCUCCAAGGUGUUAAUAAUACUUGAUGCAGUAUUAAGGUUCUAUUAUUACUCUCUGUCAUAUGUUAGAGAGCAUAUCGCUUUCUAACGUCUGGCAGGUUGUAGAAUUUGGACAUGAACUGAGAACUUUUGAAAUAUAAAGGGAAAAACAGCAAAAACUCAUGGAAUAAUGAAAAUGGAUAUCCAGGCGAUUGCAAAUACUUUCAGUAUCAUCACUAUUUCCGCCUGUUUUAUUCUAAAAAUUCCACAGAUAUGGUAUCUCAUGGCUAUCAAGUCCUCUGUAGGAAUUUCAUUAUUCGGUUUGUUGCUGGAGCUCACAAGUUACACUGUGAUGACGAGUUACAAUUAUACAAAUGGUUAUGCACUGCUGACCUAUCUGGAGUAUCCUGUAAUUCUCGCUCAGCAAUUCGUUCUUAUUUAUUUAGUCUUGAAUUAUCGUAAUCAAGUUAAUAACACUUCAAUCUCUUUCGCCAUUUGCUACUUCGUUCUGGGUACCUGUAUUGUAAUUCAAGUUAUUCCUAAAUUCGUUCUGACUAUUUUAGCGCCGAUGUGUACACCUAUUUCCGCCUCUGGUAAACUUGUUCAACUACUUACCAUUGUUCGUGCCAAAAAUGCGGACUCUGUGUCGCUGUUGACUUGGUUUAUAUCUGCAUUUACAAAUAUAACUAGGACAUUUACCAUUUGGGUUGAUUCUGCUGACUUUCUACUGUUAGCAAAUUCCAUAAUAUCGAGCUUUUUGAGCUCAAGUGUAAUGUUCUCAGCUAUUUACUACAAGAUUCUUUCAAAUCCAAAUAAUGCUAAAUAUAUGAAGAAAGAGUAACGAUUUGAAGCAAGCUUAGUCAAUUAGCCUCGGUGGGUGUGAAUAAAAAUACCUAAUACAUGGAUACUUAUAGGUUUACAUAUUUCUAGUACGCAUAUAUACACUCGGUUGUUUUUUCCGGCUAUGUUUAAUAGUACCAAUUUAAUUCUCCCGCUUCACUCAAAAUAUACCUAUCCUAUUGAUUCAAGAUUCCGCGCCUGCGCGCAUAGAAUUUAAAAUCCACCCGUCGAAAUGAUGGUGUAAAAUCGGAUCUCAUAUAUAUCUGCGUACCAAUAAAUAGAUAAUUGUGAGAAA